GCCCUCCGUCUCCCCGGCUGCGGCGAGGCCGCGAGGGGCCGCGGAGUCCCCGCUUUGCGAGCGGCUCUUCCGGUUCCGCCCCUGCCGGGGCCGGGCGAAGGGCGGCGCUUCCGGCGGGGCGCUUCCGGCGGGCGGGAUGGCGGCGGAGGGCGCCUGCGGGCUGCCGGCGGGAGCGGCGUGCCGGCGCUGCGGGGCGGCGGGCGGCAAGUGGGUGCGGCUGAACGUGGGCGGCACCUGCUUCCUCACCACCCGGCAGACGCUCUGCAGGGACCCCAAGAGCUUCCUCUUCCGCCUCUGCCAGGCCGACCCGGACCUGGACUCCGACAAGGAUGAGACGGGUGCCUACUUGAUAGAUCGGGAUCCAACCUACUUUGGACCAGUGUUGAACUAUCUCCGACACGGGAAGCUGGUGAUCAACAAAGACCUUGCUGAGGAAGGCGUGCUCGAAGAAGCUGAAUUCUACAACAUCACAUCCUUAAUAAAACUUGUGAAGGACAAAAUAAGGGAGAGGGACAGCAAAGUCUUACAGUUGCCAGCCAAGCAUGUUUACAGGGUGCUACAGUGCCAAGAAGAGGAACUGACCCAGAUGGUCUCAACCAUGUCUGACGGCUGGAAAUUUGAGCAGCUUGUCAGCAUUGGCUCCUCCUAUAACUAUGGCAAUGAAGACCAGGCUGAAUUUCUAUGCGUUGUCUCCAAGGAGCUGCACAAUACUCCAUCUGGGACUGCAAGUGAGCCCAGCGAGAAGGCCAAGAGCGAAGACGAAGAGACGGAUUGGGAGAUGCAUGACUCAGAUUAAGUUUGAAUGCCAAUGAUCUUGCAGGAACGCGGUUCGAGGAUGUGACAUCCCAGUAUUGGAUGCUGAAGAACAGCCAAAUGAAGAGGCUUGGCCGGCGGGGGGAGUCCUUUCUUCAGACAAUUUUUGUGGAUCUGGAUUUUGAACCUUCCGUAUGUUUGGUGCAAAUGGAGCAGGCUGUGGGAGGAUGCCUGUCUUGCUGCAGAAAGGACCAGGUGGCUUUCAUGCCAGGCAGGGGUCUUUCAUGGUCUGAGUGAUGUUCAUCCCAUGGAAAGGUACACCCCGCCCCCCCCAAACCCCCCACCUCUUCUGCUGAGAGGAGUGCUCUGCCCAGUGCAGUAUCUGGAGGAAGCUUUGCUGAGUGCUUGGAAGCAAUUUGGGUUUUAAUCCUUGAAAGGCAGUGAAAGGGCAACAUACUUGGUUCUAUGCAUCAAUUGUGCAGGCAAGUUCUUGGGUGGCACCUGUUGACCGCUCUUGCAUGGUCCUUGGGGCGCUAAUACAAGCCUGCUGUCAGAAGUCAGUGGCACUAGCCCAGGCGAAAGGGCUGCCAGUGGGGAAAUGCGGAUCUCUUUCCCACCCCUGUUUACUUCAGUGCACAAAGGGAAGAGUCGGCCUGGGAAGAAAUCUGUGGCCUGUUUCCCUGGAACUGGCUUUCCUCUCUUCUGAUCAUAGAUGUUGAACUCCACUGAUAGCUACAUUUUAAGACUGACGGUCAAUUUAAAAAACAAUUCUCCAAUUUUAUCCACCUUGUUCCUCCUCCACGUAUAUGCUUCCACCCAAAGUUGUGUUCAAAAAUGGCUGCACGUGUUCACGCCCUGUGACAGAUCUGGAAGCAGGCCUGCAAUAGGAGUGUCUCGAGUGCUCCACCUUAAUGUUUGUGAAUGUUGGCCAAAUUGCCCUGAAGCAUAAUGGUGUAUGUCAUCCAAAAAAAAAAAAAAAAAGGAAUGCAUUCUUGCGUGUCUUGAUAUCCAAUGUUUACAGUCAUUUCUAUAAUCUCUUUAUCUAUGCAGAACUAUCUGGUGUUUUGGUAAAGAUUGUCCAAAGCACUUCUUGUGGUUUCAUUGAGGGAGGGUCAUGGCAAAUGUGAAGAGAAACAACUGGAGCUUUUUCAUGUGCUGUGUUUAGAUGGAACCAUUAGCAUGUCUUUGAUAUAGAUUUCAAGAAGUACGGAUUUCUUGCUGCUUUCACGGAGCACUAGCAGAGGACCCCACGUGUCUCUCAGGCCCGCUAGCACUCUGAGCAUACUUUAAACUGUUUCAUUAAAUAACUCCCUGAA